AUGGCUAGUUCUAAUCCUACUAAUAUCAUCAAUGCUACCAAUGAUCACAACACAUCUUGUUCCAACAAUAAUCCUAUUAGUACUAAUAAUAACAAGUUGUACAAAGGUGUGAGGAAGAGAAAAUGGGGAAAAUGGGUAUCUGAAAUUAGGCUUCCAAAUAGCCGUGAGAGAAUAUGGUUAGGAUCAUAUGACUCACAAGAGAAAGCUGCUAGAGCAUUUGAUGCAGCCCUUUAUUGUCUACGUGGUCCUCAAGCUAGUUUCAACUUCCCUAAUACCCCUCUUACCAUCAAUGUAGCUGCUCAUAACUCUCUUACCCCACAAGAGAUUCAAGAGAUUGCAGCUAGGUUUGCCAAUGAGUACACACCACCAAUUGAGUUGAGUAGUACUCCUGAAGAAGAAGAAGAUCAACAAGUGCCAUUGUUAGAGUCACAAAAUGAUGCCAAUUCUAAUUCUUAUUCAUCUCCUUUUUAUGAUAAUGAGGGUGAUUUGAGGAGGAUGGAUUGGACAUUUGAGGAUAUGCUGGAUGACAUGAAUAAUGGAGUUGCUAAUGGCUCUCAUUUUGGUUAUUAUGGGCUAGAAAAGAUGCAAUACUCGAGUGAGAUACAAUAUUCCAAUCAACUUUUUGUGGAGGACACUGUGGACCAAAUUGAAUAUCUUCUUCAAAAUAUCCUUCCAUAUACGAUUCAGGUUGCAGUAGAUCUCACAUUCCAACCGCAACCAAGUCGAAUAAUGGAUUAUGCAGUAAAGUCCCUAAAGGAACAAGGAGAUAUCGUUGGUGAAGGUAAUGCGAGAAGAAUCUCACCCGAAGAAUCUACGAGAAUUGAAAUUAGAGAUGCAAGCCAGUUACCCGCACCUCUUUAA